UCCUCUAAUAAGGCGGGAAAGGAGAGUCGCAGAGAGAGAGAGAGAGAGAGAGAGAGAGAUGGCACCUGUAGUUCCGAGCUCGCAGCCGUGGGUGGAGAAAUAUCGACCAAAGCAAGUGAAGGACGUAGCUCACCAGGAUGAGGUUGUUCGGGUUCUAACCAAUACCCUCGAGACUACAAAUUGCCCACACAUGCUUUUCUAUGGCCCUCCGGGGACGGGCAAGACAACAACUGCCCUCGCUAUUGCUCACGAGUUAUUUGGACCUGAACUUUACAAGUCUAGAGUACUGGAGCUAAAUGCAAGUGAUGACCGUGGGAUCAACGUAGUACGAACUAAGAUUAAAGAUUUUGCAGCUGUUGCUGUAGGCUCUGGUGGCCGUCAAGGGGGUCAUCCUUGCCCACCCUACAAGAUCAUAAUCCUAGAUGAAGCCGACUCAAUGACAGAAGAUGCUCAGAAUGCCUUGCGACGUACUAUGGAAACCUACUCUAAGGUCACACGAUUCUUCUUCAUUUGUAACUACAUUAGCAGGAUCAUUGAGCCACUUGCUUCCAGGUGUGCAAAGUUUAGGUUCAAGCCACUCUCCGAAGAUGUCAUGAGUAGUCGAAUAGUGCAUAUUUGUAGAGAAGAAGGUCUCAAUCUGGACUCAGAGGCUUUUUCAACCUUGAGUAGCAUUUCUCAAGGUGAUCUUCGUCGGGCCAUAACGUACUUGCAGGGAGCUGCUCGCUUAUUUGGUUCAUCUAUUUCUGCCAAGGACCUAAUUAGUGUAUCUGGGGUAAUUCCACAAGAUGCUGUUCAGGCUCUAUUAGCAUCAUGUAGAAGUGGUGAUUUUGAGUUGGCCAACAAGGAAGUCAGUAAUGUAAUUUCAGAGGGAUAUCCAGUUUCUCAGAUGCUUUCUCAGUUCUGCCAGUUGUUUGAGGUGAUUGUAGAAGCAAAUGAUAUAUCAGAUGAACAGAAGGCAAGAAUCUGCAAGAGAUUGGCUGAAGCAGACAAGUGUCUAGUUGAUGGAGCGGAUGAGUAUCUGCAGCUUAUGGAUGUGGCAAGCAAUACAAUGCGAGCACUUUGUAACAUGCCAAUGGAGUUCUCAUACGAGUAGAGCUGCAUAGCAAGAGGUGGAACAACACAAGGGAUUUUGUUUUGACUGUUCAGCACAUCAACAAACAGUCCAAUCUUUACUUAAAUAGAUGGUGCAUCUUGCUUGACUAUAGAGAAAAAAUGUAGCUUCUAGAUUGGAAGGGCUAGCUAUUUAAACAUCUUCGACAUUUUAGUUUUUUUCUAUUCAAAGGUCCCUUUCUCUUUCAGUCUCUUUUAA